AUGGAAGUGUUUCAAAGCUCAAGGAAGGUUUGCAAGUUUCUCCUCUUACUCUUCCGUGAUUCAUUAGCCAGUAAAAUAGUCGAGUGUGAGGACAAUCCUGAAGUGGUAAAGUUCCACCCUAGCUCAGAAAGACUCGUCGCUGUGCAAUGCAACAACGGUUCAGUAUUGCUCCUACAUCCCCACGACAGCUUGGAACUUGCCGGCCGUCGUCCGCUCGUCGUCGCCCAUCCGAAACACCAUCAUUUCACGGCGGACAUGGUUUGGGGUGUAGAGGCCAGCCGAAACCACCUAUUCGCAUCCUCCGCGUCUCACGACUCCGGCUUCGAGGGCUUCCACAAGGCGUUCGACAUCGUGACACGCAAGGAAGUCGCCAGGUUCAACGCCGGUGGAGAGGCAUGCUGUACUCUCGCGCUCGAGACAUCGGUCAGUACAGCGCUUGCCCAAAGCACUGACGCGUCCGAAAACCCGAAGGCCGCCUACACCCUCCGCGUCUUCGAGGCCUCUAAACUCAUCAGCCGCCCCGCGCAGACGGUCGAGCUCGAGCCUUUCUUAGCUCCCUUCGACCGCGACCGCACAUACUCGGACGUCAACAGCAUGUCCGUCAGCCCGGACGGGCUCUGCGUCGCGCUCGGGCGCACGGACAACUGGACGGACGUGUACGACACGCGUAUGCUCACGAAGGGGCCUCUGCGCUCGUUCGGGCACGAGGGUGAGAUAGAACCGGAGAGUGCGGAAACGGAGGGCAGCUCGAAGCGCAUCACGACGUACGGGAUCGUCAAGACGCAGUGGGUAAACGGCCCGCCGUACGGGUACGGGCUCGUCACGGGCGGGAUUGACGGCGACGUGAGGUUGUGGGACAUCAAGCGUGCCGCGGAUGACCCACUCAAUGGGCGGGUGCUGGCUCACGGGGAUAGUGAUGUCGCGACGUUUUGUCUUGGGGACGUUUCUAAAGGAGAGAUUCCCAUCAUUCUGUACGUGCUUUCCUUUCCCGUAGACGCAAUACUGACAGCAUCUUUGUAG